AAAGAAUGCGAAAUUUAUAUUCUCUUUCCAAUGAUCGAUCGAGUAUUGGUUAACCGACCGAAACUAUCUGUUUUGACGCUCACAAACAAUAUUCGGCCUUAGGAGACAUUUUUUUUGAAACCUUACUUUAUUUCAUUAUUGAAAAGAUCAUUUUGAAGAGCAAGUUUGCAGAUUUUUUUUUCGUUUGUGUUUUUUUUUUUUUUGCAUACCAAAGGAUUAGUUUCCUGUUCUAGAAACAGUUAUGUAAAAAUUGUAACACUACAGAUCCCGUAGUACCGCCCCUAGUACCGCUGUUGUUUUCCGUAUGGUAACCACCUUUGAAUCAUUCGCGUUUUGCCUUACUUCACAGUUGUAUAUUACGUUUAGAACGGAUGAUGGCAAAGAAACGACAGUAAAAGAUUACUUUGCGGCAAAGGGCUGCUUGCUGCAAUAUCCGUCAUUGAAUUGCAUUACAACACGUACAAAAAAACGCGAAAUAUCGCUACCAAUGGAGUUCUGCUCUGUAACCGAAAAUCAAGUCCUAAACCGUAAGGAUGGCAGUAUACAAGUCACAAAAAUGAUCAAGUAUGCUGCCACAUCUACAGACGAGCGGAAAAAUAAAAUAAUUAACUUAUUGGCGCAUUUUUGUCAUAGCCAAAGUCCAUUCGGGCUUUCGGCGUUCAGUUGGGUAGUAAUUUUAUAAAAAAACAUUUCCGUCUUUUGUCACCGCCGGAUUUAGAGUACUGCGGCGGCAAAAUCGUGCGUCCAUGUGAAGGCGCCUGGCAAGUGACAAAUGCAAAGUUCUUAGAGACUGUCAACGCCCAACCAAGUCACAAGUGGGCAAUAAUUUACGAGACCAAAGGUAGAGCAUCGAUUAAUGUGCACGUAGUAAUGGAAUUCAAAAAGACUGUAACUAUGAAUGAAUUUUCUAUCAUCAAUGUGAAGUAACGGAUUUUCACUAUAU